AGUACUUUUGCUAGGGUUUUAGUGCAUUCAGCCCAAGUGAUCAUUUUUCUGCGUUCUUGAGAGUACUGCAUUUCUUGGGUUUCUCGGCUGAAAGAAAACUAGGGUUUCUGUGAUGGAUAGGGUGGAGGAGUUGGCGAGGAAGAAUGCUGCAGUGAUUUUCACCAAGAGCUCAUGCUGCAUGUGCCACAGCAUCAAGACACUGUUCUACGAUCUGGGUGCGAGCCCUGCGAUUCAUGAGCUCGAUAAGGACGCUAGAGGAAGGGAAAUGGAGUGGGCUUUGCGGCGGAUAGGGUGCAACCCCUCCGUCCCUGCUGUGUUUGUAGGCGGAAAAUUUGUUGGGUCUGCUAAAGAUGUGAUCACCAGCCAUGUUGAUGGGUCUCUAAAGCAAAUGCUGAUUGCAGCCAGAGCCAUCUGGUUCUAGCGCAGCCUUGGAAAAAAAGCUCUAUAGCAUCUACGGCUAAUGUUGUAUAUUACCACAAAGCUCCAUACCAUGUUAAGAGCAGCAUUGUAGAAGGGGUAUAUCUUCUUUUAAUUUUCUUUUUCUUUGUUCUCCUGGAGUUUGGUGACUCUGUUGUAUGAAGUCACUGAUACUAAAAUAGCCUGAGGCUUUUCUUAAGCUUUAACAGUUGCUUUGCCUUGUCUUCUUUUACUA